AUGGUUGGUUAUGCUAAUAGAUUACGUCAACAUUUCACUCAUCAAUUUUCGUGUAGUUUAAAGAAACCUAUACCUAAUUUAUAUUCAAGAUAUCUAUAUCAGUACAAAUUAAAAAAACAAAAUAAACUAUUAACCGCUGCAGCUAUUGAUGCAUGUAAUUUAAAACCUGGUGAUGAUGUAUUAGAAAUUGGAUUUGGACAAGGUUAUGGUAUUAAAUUAGCUGCUGAACGUGUUGCUCCUGUUACAAUUAACCAUUGGAAAUCUUCACGAAUUAAAUUUAUACUAGAAAAUGCUUUUUCAACAUCAACUAUUAAAUCCAAUACAUUUAAAAAUGAUGGUCAUGUUUAUGGUGUUGAAAUUUCUGAAUAUAUGCUACAAAAAGCAAAAAGGAAACUAUGGCCUCUUACUAAAAACUGA